GAAAAAAGAAGAACGCGUUUUCUUCCCAAAAGAAACACAGCUGAAUGACUCCUCCGCUCUCUCUCUCUCUCUCUCCUCCUCCGCUCUCUACCUCUCUCUCAUCAGGGACCAACAAAAUUAGGGUUAGGUUUCCAUAAACCCCUUUUUACUCUUUCUGUGCAAGUCCAAGGGAAGGAAAGGGUUUUUGGGGUUUUGAUCUCUUGGGUUCCGGAGACCCUUUUCUCUGCGGCAGGAUCGACAUGAAUUCCCCAAUUUUCAAGAGGAAUACGCAGUCUCUGAGCAAAAUCCGAGUAGCGGCACCGCGCCGGUAGCUUUCCACUGUUUCGAUUUGAAUUUCAGGGCAAGAAAAAAAAAAGCAGAUUUCAAAGGAAAGUCAAAGGAUUUUACUCCCACUGAUGCGAGCCGCCAUGGCCUCCGAAAGACGGCAUUCAUGUAAGAGCAAGAAGCGGUCGAGCUACUGACGAAUUAUAGUCAUAAUCUAGCUGAAAUUUGAACCGCUUAACUGAAAGAGUUUUUGAGAUAUGGGUUUUUCUCUAUCUUCCUCUUCGGUCAUCAAAGGACAUGUUUUUCGCAGACCCACUUCUCCAGUGUUUGUUCUGAAGCUUGUUUUGCUCUUGUGGGUGUUCUUUACUUCUCAGAACUGUGCUGUUCUCGCUGAUACUGACGCAUCGGUGCUUCUUGAGCUAAAAAUCUCUGUCUUGGAUCCGUCGGGCUUGCUUUCUGGCUGGGAUGGUCGGCUCAAUUCUGGUCAUUGCUCAUGGCCUGGCGUCUUCUGCAACUCAAAUUCUCGGGUGGUUUCACUCAACAUUACUGGGAAUGGAGGAGAAACCGAAGGUAGAUCGAAAACUAUUGCAUGCUCAGAUUUUGCUCAGUUGCCGCUUUAUGGAUUUGGAAUCAGGAGGAGCUGUGAGGGUAGUAGAGGAAGAUUGGCUGGGAAGCUCCCGCCUGUAAUUGGUAAGCUCACUGAGCUUAGGGUUUUGUCCCUCCCCUUCAAUGGUUUUGAGGGUGAAAUUCCUAGUGAAGUUUUGGGCUUGGAAAAUUUGGAGGUUCUUGAUCUUGAGGGAAACUCGAUAACUGGGUCGCUGCCCUUUCCGCUUAAUCCAAAUUUGAGGGUUCUUAAUCUGGGGUUUAAUAGGAUUGAAGGUGAGAUACCGACCUCGUGGUCAAAUUAUAUGAGCCUAGAGAUCUUGAAUUUAGCUGGGAAUCUCGUAAACGGGACAAUUCCAGGUUUCAUUGGUAGGUUAAAGGCGGUGUACUUGUCAUACAAUUCACUUAGUGGAGAUGUUCCCAGCGAGAUUGGAGCCAAGUGUGGGAAGCUUGAGCAUCUUGAUUUGGCGGGUAAUUUCUUGGUUCAUAAAAUUCCAAGCAGUUUGGGAAAUUGCAGCCAGUUGAGGACGUUGUUGCUGUAUUCAAAUAUGUUUGAAGAGGGUAUUCCAGCUGAACUUGGACGGCUUCAAGCUCUGGAAGUGUUGGAUGUGUCGAGGAAUAGCCUGAGUAGUUCAUUACCACCCGAGCUGGGGAAUUGUUCUCAGUUGUCUGCCCUUGUGCUGUCAUCUAUGUUUAAUCCACUUCCACUAGUCAAUGAUACUGUAGUGGACUCUUUGCUGGAGCAGUUGAAUGCUAUGAGUGACGACUUCAAUUACUUUCAAGGUACAAUGCCUGUAGAAAUUACAACCCUUCCAAAGCUAAGGAUCUUGUGGGCACCAAGGGCAAGUAUUGAGGGCACUUUCCCAAGCAAUUGGGGUGGUUGUGAGUACUUAGAGAUGAUCAAUUUGGCUCAGAACUUUUUGACUGGGGAAAUUCCUAGCGGACUUAGUCGCUGCAGGAACCUUCAAUUUCUUGACGUGAGCUCUAACAGGCUUAGUGGGGAGCUUUUUCAGGAUCUUCAUGUUCCUUGUAUGGAUAUGUUUGAUAUCAGCGGAAACAUCUUGUCAGGUUCAAUACCUGAAUAUUUCAACAAAACUUGUGGUUCUCCUUUGAGAGAUUUUUCUUUCAAGUAUGAGGAUCCGUCCUCACACUAUGUAGCAUUUUUUGCUUCUAAAUCCCAAGUUGGAAACCCAUUGCAAAUGCAUGGGGAGGUUGAUGGUCUUAUAGUAGCACACAACUUUGCGCACAAUAAUUUUACUGGCACUUUGCAGACACUGCCUAUUGCACCUGAAAGACUUGGGAAGCAAACUUUUUAUGCAUUCUUUGCUGGAGAAAACAAGCUUUCUGGAGAAUUUCCAGGUAACUUAUUUGGCAAGUGUGAGGGAUUGGAGUGGCUGAUUGUUAAUGUUAACAACAAGUUAGAAGGUCAGAUUCCUGCUGAAUUUGGCACUAUGUGCAAAUCUCUUAAAGUUUUAGAUGCAUCUCGGAAUCAGAUGGUUGGUCCUAUUCCCCCUACCAUUGGGAAAUUGUCUCUUGUCGCCCUUAAUUUGAGUUGGAACAUGUUGAAGGGUGAAAUACCAACCAGUCUUGGCCAGAUAACUGAUCUGACGUAUCUAUCCUUAUCUGGCAAUCUCCUUACAGGUGUCAUUCCGUCUAGCUUGGGGCAGCUUUCCUCUUUAGAAGUGCUUGAACUUUCUUCAAACUAUCUCACUGGCGAGAUACCAAAUGAUCUUGUGAAUCUGCGAAACCUGACUGCUCUUCUGCUGGACAAGAAUAAUAUUUCUGGUCAGAUUCCAUCUGGAUUGGCAAAUAUGACCACACUGUCAUCUUUCAAUGUGUCUUUCAAUAACAUAUCAGGUUCACUGCCUGCGAAUAAUAACCUGAUGAAAUGCAGUGCUGCUAUUGGAAACCCAAAUCUACACUCUUGCCCCAUGUUGUCUCAGACACAGCCAGCUUUGGAUUCCCAAGGAAGAGUUGGCGAUUCACAACCUCUUGCUGCUUCACCAAUGGGAGGUCCAGCUCAGAGGAGUGGGAAUGGUUUCAGUCCAAUUGAGAUAGCAUCCAUUACAUCUGCAUCGGCCAUAGUUUCAGUGCUGCUUGCUCUUGUUGUUCUGUUCUUGUAUACACGGAAAUGGAAUCCAAAGUCUGGAACUCAAGUGUCUACCCGGAAGGAAGUUACAGUUUUCACAAACAUUGGGGUUCCGUUGACCUUUGAGAAUGUUGUGCGAGGCACAGGAAGUUUCAAUGCUAGCAACUGCAUCGGGAAUGGAGGUUUUGGAGCUACCUACAAGGCAGAGAUAUCACCUGGAAUCGUGGUGGCAAUUAAACGGCUUUCAGUUGGAAGGUUCCAAGGAGUUCAACAGUUUCAUGCAGAAAUUAAAACCCUUGGUAGGCUUCGGCAUCCAAAUCUUGUCACUUUGCUUGGUUAUCACGCCAGUGAUACAGAGAUGUUUCUAAUAUACAACUAUUUGGCGGGUGGUAAUUUGGAAAAGUUUAUUCAGGAAAGGUCUACAAGGGCUGUGGAUUGGAGGGUACUUCACAAGAUUGCUUUGGACAUAGCCCGUGCACUUGCCUACCUACAUGAUCAAUGCGUACCACGUGUUCUUCAUCGGGACGUCAAGCCGAGCAAUAUUUUGUUGGAUGAUGAUUUUAAUGCGUAUCUCUCAGACUUUGGUUUGGCCAGACUUCUGGGAACUUCAGAGACUCAUGCUACUACCGGUGUUGCUGGAACGUUUGGAUAUGUUGCCCCGGAAUAUGCAAUGACUUGCCGAGUUUCAGAUAAGGCUGAUGUAUAUAGUUAUGGCGUUGUGCUACUGGAGUUACUCUCUGACAAGAAGGCACUGGAUCCCUCCUUCUCUUCGUAUGGAAAUGGAUUCAACAUCGUUCAGUGGUCAUGUAUGCUUCUUCGGCAAGGCCGGGCAAAGGAAUUCUUCACCGCUGGGUUAUGGGAUGCAGGUCCCCAUGAUGACUUAGUAGAAGUUCUUCACUUGGCAGUAGUGUGCACGGUUGACUCUCUCUCAACUAGGCCUACAAUGAGGCAAGUUGUACGACGGCUUAAGCAACUUCAGCCUCCAUCUUGCUAGCUGCUUUACAAGGUUUGUAGUGGUUAACAUUAGUAGUCUGUAGAAAGAGGAGCUCCAUUUGUCACAUGUGCCUGCGCAUUCGGUGCGCUUUGGUGACACUGGUGCUAGGUUGAUUUCUAAACCUUAGUGAUCCAACUUGUACAUUGUAUGAUAGUUCUGCCCCCAAUUUUUUUCAAUGUUUCUUCUCCGAAUAGGGGCCUGGCCAGCGAAUCUGCAGAAGAAUGCAGAUAUUCCAUUUCCUCGUCUUAUACGUGUAUAUUCAGCUUCAUUUGUUCAAUAAAACAUAGAGUUGAUAUGUUUUCUGGAAA